AUGUAUGUUAUACCAUCAGCCAAAUCGUCAUAUGUUUGGAAUGGUGUUAUGUGUUUGAAACAUGGCUAUUACAAAGGGGCCAUAUUUAGAUUCAAGCUUGUUAUUCCUGAGACUGUUCUAGACGAUGAGUGCCCUUCAGUUCUCUUCACACCACCCAUCUACCAUCCAUUGAUCAACAAGCAAACUGGGGUCUUGAAUAUCAACUGGUCAUUCUACCCUUGGAUAUACGAAAAAGACAGACAAUUGUUCAAAGAAAAGGCUCGGCUUGCGGUCGAAAACUGCAGUGUAAAGUUAUCUGCCACCAUCAUCGAUGAUGAUGAAGACGGUGAUGAUAACAACAAUAAUAAUAAUCAUAAUAAAAAUAAUCAUUAUGACAACACCGACGAUGUUAAUUGCAAUCUUAAGACUCAUAGUGAUCACUGUGAUGCUGACAAUUACGAUGAACAUUCUUUUAUAUUUUCUGAACUAUCCAACGAAGAGUUAGCCGAAGCAAAGGGAAGUUUAAUGUGCCACUUCUAUUCAGAUAUUACUUAUUCCUAUGUUGGUUUCAAAAGCACAGAGACAAUCUACACAGUUUAA